UGUUCCAUAUUAUAGAAGCUAUGGGGGGAAUUGUGUAUUGUAAGAUCUUACUGAACAUUAGUUCAGUUCCUCUUUUUGGGCUGAACCAUUUCUCUUUAUCUGGUCAUGUACACACCUCCACUCGAACCUAUAAAAUAGCACUUAGUUUGACAAAAUAGUGAGCCACAGACAGAGGACAAAACACAGAACCAGCUGACCUUUUUCCAAAGCUACCUGCUGUUGAAAUACAGACGCCCGCCGCCUGUGCUCCCACCAGAAUCUGGGGUAAUAUACAUGUUCAUUGUUAUACUUGCUGCUUAUAUAAUUUAAUGCAUUUAUAUAGACUCAUUGUUGUGCUUUCUUCCUGCCCCCAUGCGUUCUGUAUUGGUUAUAAUGGGCUAAUUUGGGGUGCUGCUGCUCGUGGGGUACGGCUUGCUCAAUAAAAUAGUUAGUGUUUUGCAGAAAGGAGACGAUAAGCUAUCUAGGGAUACUUUGAUAUUUAGUGAGCAAGGUGUCUAAGGUGGGUAAAUGGGGCGAAAUAAGCGGGUAAUAAAGGGUAGCGCUAUGCUGCUGAUACAGAUUUGUUAUUAAUAUUUUCUUUUUUUUAUUUAAAGAAGGAGCGAUUAUUUUUUAAAUAGUAGCAAUAUAUUAAUUGAGCAAGAUGUGUAAGUGAGUUAAAACACACAGAAAAAGGAUACGCUGCUUUGUCAACUAAACCGCCAAUAAGGAACCGGGAAUAAGUAACCAACUUCCAGGUGGUUUCUAAGGACUCACUUCCAAUUUAGCAGAAGGGGUAAAACACUGCAAGUCGCUCCAGCCGAACAAGUUAAAUCAUGUGGGUGGGACUGGAAGUGAGACCAAUACAGAGCAGAAGUAUUAUUUCUUUUGACGAAACUCUUCAAGUCGGUUAUGGAAAGUAACCCAUUGUUGAGGUCUUCUUAUGGAAUCAUGUACCCUAACCAAAGGUCUUCUUAUGGAAGCAUGUACCCAGGAUCACAGUUGCCGGCAGCAGUUGGACACCCAGCUGUGUUGGCACCCCAGAACCCCCCAUACGGCGGGCUAGCAGCCCCCUCUGCGAGAAUGUUCGACACAGUGCCAGGAUACGAAGGCACGUCACCAGAAGGAAGUGGAGGAGGAUUCCUUCCCCCUCCGGAUGCAGGUUUACCCGACCCUCCUAGAGAGCCUGCCCCUGUUCAAACAGAGUGGAACAUCCCUUCUAUAUCUGAAGAUACUGCCAGAGAUGCUCUGGUCCAGUAUGCCUCCAGUAAAUGCUGUUACAGUACUGAUCCUGCAGAACAGUUAGUGUUCUCAAACCUCGAGGCUCACAACACUUACAGGUAUCGCCUGGAGACCUUUACUGAAUCCAGAUCAACUGAAUGGGCUCAUGAGGCGUAUAGAGGUCAGCCUGUGGAUGCAUACACUCAGCCUCCUCCUGCUCCAUGGGUCAUACCAGCCAAGGCACCCACCAUGUUUAAAGAUGCAACACAGGAAAUUAAAAUCCCUAAUACAGCUUAUGUUAAGCCAUGCCACACCUGUACGGGAACGGGUAAGACACCUUGCACUAAAUGCACAGGAUGUGGAAGUAAGCAAUGCUGGGUGUGCAGUGGUUCUGGAGUCCGCGCAGGUGGUGAAAGCUGCCACCAUUGCAAAGGCACUGGCCGCACUAACUGUGAUGGCUGUAAAGGCACUGGAUUGAACUCUUGUGACACCUGCAAAGGAAAAGGACAACUGCUGGUCUAUAUUAAACUGAAAAUAAAAUGGAAGAACAAUAUGGACGACUUUGUAGGAGACCAGCAGUCUGGAUUUCCAGUCAGUCGGGUCAGCGCGGUAACUGGAAAAAAGGUUUUUGUUGAAAAACAGCAUCUGGUGUAUCCCGUUGUAGGUUUUCCAGACCCUGCCAUUAGCCGGGCUGCUAAGAGACUGGUGAGGCAGCACCAUGACAAGUUUGCUCCUACAUGCCGUAUUCUUCAGCAGCGGCAAACCAUUGAGCUGAUUCCCAUCACCAAAGCAAGCUACAGCUUUCAAGAGAAGGAGUACACUUACUUUGUCUACGGAGCUGAGCAUAAAGUCUACACAGAGGACUAUCCUGGAAAGUGUUGCUGCUGUACUAUUAUAUGAAUUUAUAUCUAAAAAAAAAAAAAAAGUUUAACCAUUCAUAAUGUGAAUGUUUUAAAUUCUACUUCACAGUUCUAAAAAUAUAUUUAAAAAGUAUAUAUAAAAAUGUGAGUGAAUUUUAGACGUAAAAAUAUAUGCAUGUUAGACCAUUGAAUACUAGAAGUUAAUUAAGAUAAUUUUAAUAUAAUUUUAUAUUCCAAUUUGUAAACUCUGUACUGAUUUUUUUUUUUAAAUCUGUCUCAUUUGAUUUAACCUAAGAACUUAAUAUUGUGACAGUUUUAAUAAAUAUAUUUUUUUUAAUAUUUCAUAAAUCAAUGUUAUAUUCAUUAUUUUGUAUUCAUAGCCGACCUUUGUUUUGCAUACAAGUGGAUACAAAUAUUUGGUUUGCAAAAUAUUUCAAGUUGGAAUUGUAUGUCACUAAAAUUGUUAUUAUUUAAAACAAAUGAAAUGGACUAUUAGUUACUCACAAA